AUGAACCUGAAUACUGGCUUGACUGGUGCUGCAGACUUUGGGGAUGACUUCAUAUUUGGAGCGAAUAGUACAUCAUGUGCUGCGAGCAACUACAAGAAGAAGUCUAUCAUUAUCAGGACAGGUGGCCGGAAUAUUGAGAUUGAGUAUGCCAGUGAGGCGUACAUUAGCGCAGCAUAG